ACACACUCGCUCGUCCCCCAGCUCUGACUUCCGGUCUUGUGCUGCUGGGUGGGGGGCGAGGCGGCGCACGCUCCCCCCUCCCUUUUCUCCCCCCCCCAGGCGUAGAGCCCCCCUCUUUUCUGUACCCCCUUUUCGUCGCCCCCGAAAAAGGGCGCAGCGCCUCCCGACAGGCUCCCCAGCCAGCCUCGCCGCUCAAGCCCCGCCUCCUGGGGCGGAAGCUCCGCCCCGGGAGCCCCCAGCCCCCUAAGCCCCGCCCCUUAGGAGCAGGACACCCCCCCCCUUGGCCGAUCAACCCCUGAAAGACUCCCCCAAUUCAGUGGUUAAACACAACCUACUAUAGACCCCCCCCCCAUAGUAGCUGGAGUCCCCUCCCCAAAUAGGGAGCCCCCUCUAUUGCCCCCCAAGCUGAAAAGUGGGCCUGCCCCCCCCAAGCAGAGAGAGAAGUGGUGUCCAUGUGGCGAGAGGGGGGGGUUAGGCUAGGGCCCCCCUUGUCUGCACCCCCCCACUGACCCCUCCCCUCCAGGGGGUGCUCUCCAUCCUCCCCCAAAAGCCUGGGGGGGUGAGUGGGGGGGUCCCCUGUUUCUUGCCCCCCUCCUCUUCCUAACCCCCCCUGGGGGAGAGGACAGAGGCAGGCUUGCUGAGGGGCAGGAAGGGGGGACGCCCCCCUCUCCCCUCCCAUGGAGAUGCAGAAGGGGAAAGGGGGCUCGGGGGCUGCGGCUGGGGGGGCUGCAGGAGGAGCAGGAGCAGGGAAGCUGCUGAUCUACACCAGCCUGGAUGGCAAGGAUGAGUUGGAAGAGAAAGUCGCAAAAGGGGAUCGCGUGACCCCGGGCGAUGCAGCGACCGUCAUAAAUAGGCUGGAAAGAUGCAUGGGGACGGUGUCCUCUCUGACCAGCGGGCUCUCCGAGAGGGAGGCCAACGACGCCUUGAAUGCCCACGUGUGCAAAGGAUCCCCCCAGCACGAGGAGGUCUGCCUGGGUCUUUUCACCAUGAUCCUGACGGAGCCCGCUCAAGCACAGAAGAGUUACCGAGACCUGGCCUUGGUGAGCCGAGACGGGCUGACCACCGUGUUGACCAAGAUGAACCAGAUCCUCAUGGAGAAAUACCUAAAGCUGCAAGACUCCUGCCGUACCCAGUUGGUUUGGUUGCUGCGCGAGAUGGUGAGGAGUGGGAUUCUCGGCAUCGAUGGGAAUUGCAUGACGUUCAUGAAACAGAUCGCAGGUGGAGACGUCACCUCCAAGAAUAUCUGGCUGGCUGAAAACAUCCUUGACAUACUGACAGAACAGAGGGAGUGGGUGCUGAAAAGCGCGCUGCUGAUUGCCAUGUCGGUGUACACCUACCUGCGCCUCAUCGUGGACCACCACGGCUCCCCAUCCCUGCAGGCCCUCCGCCAAAAGGAGGUGGACUUCUGCAUUUCGUUGCUCCGAGACCGGUUUAUGGAUUGCUUCAUGAUCGGCCGGGAUCUGGUGCGGCUCCUGCAGAGCGUGGCCCGGAUUCCGGAGUUCGAGCAGCUUUGGAAAGACAUAAUCCAUAAUCCACAGGCCCUGAGCCCCCAGUUCACAGGGAUGUUGCAGCUUCUGCAGUCAAGGACGUCCAGGAAAUUUUUAGCCUGUCGCCUCACCCCAGAUAUGGAGACCAAGCUGCUUUUUAUGACCUCCCGGGUCCGUUUGGGUCAACAGAAGCGGUACCAAGACUGGUUCCAGCGCCAGUACCUCUCCACCCCGGAUAGCCAGUCCCUGAGAUGCGACCUCAUCCGUUACAUCUGCGGGGUGGUCCACCCGUCCAACGAGGUGCUCAGCUCCGACAUCCUCCCCCGCUGGGCCAUCAUUGGCUGGCUGCUGACCACCUGCACGUCUAACGUGGCUGCUUCCAACGCCAAACUCGCCUUGUUUUACGACUGGCUGUUCUUCAACCCCGACAAGGACAGCAUCAUGAAUAUCGAGCCCGCCAUCUUUGUCAUGUACCAUUCCAUGAAACCUCACCCGGCGAUCACGGCCACUCUGCUGGACUUCAUGUGUCGGAUCAUUCCGAAUUUUUAUCCCGCGCUGGAAACUCACGUCCGCCAAGGGGUCUUCAACUCGCUCACCCACAUCGUGGAGAAGCGAGUCUUGGCACACCUGGCUCCUCUUUUCGAUAAUCCGAAGCUGGACCGGGAACUCCGAGCUAUGCUUAGAGAGAAGUUUCCAGAAUUCUGCUCCUCUCCUUCUCCUCCGGUCGAAGGCCCCGCAGUCAAAGUCGAGGAACCGGCGGCCGCAGAGCUGGACAAUCACAUGUCUGACCGAGACGACAGCUGCUACGACCAGGCCGAAGCCGCCUUCAGCGACGAUGAGGAAGAUCUCAACAGCAAAGGGAAGAAGAGGGAGUUCCGUUUCCACCCCAUCAAGGAAGCCGCAGUGGACAUCUCCCCCUUCCUGGAGCAGCUGGACGAGUCCCUCAAAGACAAGAUCCUGCUCCUACAGAAGGGGAGCGAUACGGAAGCCCAGUGCGAAGCUAUGCAAGAAAUUGUGGAUCAAGUCUUGGAGGAGGAUUUUGACCAGGAGCAACUCUCGGUCUUGGCCUCCUGCUUGCAGGAGCUGUUCAAAGCUCACUUCCACGGGGAGGUUUUGCCGGAAGAAAUCACGGAAGAGUCUCUGGAAGAAUCCGUAGGAAAGCCGCUUUACUUAAUAUUUAGGAACCUUUGCCAGAUGCAGGAGGACAACAGCAGCUUCUCGGUCCUGCUGGACCUGCUGUCGGAGCUGUACCAGAAGCAGCCCAAGAUCGGCUUCCACCUGCUCUACUACCUGAAGGCCAGCAAAGCGGCCGCCGGGAAGAUGAGCCUGUACGAGUCCUUUGCCCAGGCGACGCAGCUGGGGGACCUGCACACCUGCCUCAUGAUGGACAUGAAGGCCUGCCAGGAGGACGACAUCCGCCUGCUCUGCUACCUCACGCCCUCCAUCUACACGGAGUUCCCCGACGAGACCCUCCGAAGUGGGGAGCUGCUGAACAUGAUUGUCGCAGUCAUUGACUCGGCUCAGCUCCAGGAACUGGUGUGUCACGUCAUGAUGGGGAAUUUGGUGAUGUUCCGGAAAGAUUCGGUCCUUAAUAUUCUGAUUCAGAGCUUGGAAUGGGAGACUUUUGAGCAAUAUUGCACCUGGCAACUUUUUCUGGCCCACAACAUUCCGUUGGAAACCAUCAUCCCCAUCCUGCAGCAUCUGAAAUAUAAAGAACACCCGGAGGCUCUGUCCUGCUUACUGUUGCAGCUGAGACGGGAAAAGCCGACGGAGGAGAUGGUGAAAAUGGUGCUAAGCCGGCCGUGCCAUCCAGACGACCAGUUCACCACCAGCAUCCUUCGGCACUGGUGCAUCAAACACGAGAAUCACCUGAUAGAGCACAUCAAAUCCCUCCUGAUCAAGAACAACAGUCUGCCCCGGAAACGCCAAAGCCUUCGCAGCUCCAGCAGCAAACUGGCCCAGCUGACCUUGGAGCAGAUCCUGGAACAUCUGGAUAACCUCCGCCUGAACCUGGCCAACACCAAGCAGAGCUUUUUCAACCAGCCCCCCAUUCUCCAGUCCUUGCAACACGUCCAGUGCAGCUGUGACGAAGCCCACAAGAUGAAGUUCAGCGACCUCUUCUCCCUGGCCGAGGAGUACGAAGACUCGUCCAGCAAACUGCCGAAAAGCCGACGGAAGGCGGCCCUCUCCAGCCCCCGCAGCCGCAAGAACGCGGCCCAGCAGCCGCCCAACGAGGAGGAGUCGGCCUCCAGCAGCGCCUCGGAAGAGGAAGACACCAAACCGAAACCCACCAAACGGAAGCGGAAAGGAUCCUCAGCUGUUGGCUCAGACAGCGACUGAGGGGGGGGGCUCUGGGAGUCCCUAUGGCGGGGCCCACCCCUGUGCCAACCCCCCCUCCCAAAGCUGCCCUUUUGGGCAAAGGAACUGCCCAGCCCCCAGGUCGAAUCCAGAUCCGGCCAGGCCAGGCGGACACAAUCGCCGGAGAAGGACGAGGCUGCGGAGUGACGCUCUCCCCUGGCAGGGGGUCCUCUUGGGGGGGGGGCUCCAUCCCUGCCAGAAAAAUGGGUGGUCUGCCCACGGGGGGACACACCCUCGCUGUGCCCACCCCCCACUUCAGCUGGCUGGCUUCCGUGGGGCAGUAACAGCGGCAGCGAAGGGAGGCCAAAUCCAGAAACCAGAUCAAGAAAUGGAGCCCAGUUUUGUUUCCGAGAUGUAAAUAAACUGUGUGAACUGCUGUGAUCACCAAUUGGUGCUUCUCCCAAGGAAAACCUGGAGGAGGGAGGGCUUCCUUUUGGGGGGGGGGGAACAGCCUUGCGAGAUCUUCCCCAGCCAAGCCAGGCCCGAUUUUUCUCUGUCCGUGUUUGCUUCAAAUAAAAGGCAUUUUAUUCUU